AUGGACGUAGCAGGAACCUUCAGCUCUUGUGGGGGAUACUGGCUGUUGAAGGCCGUGAGCAAGGUCCUUGAAGGGUUUGUAGUACCAUUGGCCAUGUCCGACAUUCUCUCCUAUGUUGACCCUGGACAAUAUGCGUCGUCUCCCAUGUCGUCCAGAAACUUCCCUCCGUCAUUCUGGAACAGUAACUACCAGGUACCGUCAUCGUCCUCCUCGUCGUCAUCGUCUCGGCCUCCCAGUCUGGCGGGUCACUUAGGGGCAUCGCCGGCUGAGCUGUAUGACCCCUACCACGCAGGACUCCACCCCCUCCAGCCCCCCGCGCCUGACCCCUGGGCUGCUUAUUCCUUGUCCUCGCAGGCUUACGGUCACCGGAGUAUGGCGCACGACGUGUACCAGGCGGCCAUGUCGUCAGUGCCCUCGUCCUCACGUCCCUACCACCAGUACUCGUCCCUCUCCCUCCAGCCUCACCUGGCCAGGAUCCCGGGUGUCACAGCCGUCGGCUCUCAAAUGGGUAUGGCCAAGCCUGAGAGCUGGGGGGCGAGGUACCACGAUGCUUUCACCAGUCCAGACUUUUCCCACGGCCUUGACACCAACUAUUCAGCGCCUCACUAUCCGAACGUACCAGGUCUAGAGACCGGGGUGCCGCAGGAAGGAGCGAAAGAUCUCUACUGGUUUUAAGGACACGUGGCGAUAUUAGUGAGCAGUA